AUGUCAUGGCGAUUGUCUUCGCUUCUUAGUAUCAUCGUACUAUUGCAACUUUCAAGCAGUCUCCAUGCUUUCUAUCUACCAGGAAUUGCUCCAGUCUCUUAUUGUAAAAUUGGAACGGAAGUCGAAUCCUGCCGUUCUGACAUUCCCAUUAUGGUGAACCGAUUGGAUAGUUCAGAAUCUGUAAUACCUUAUGAAUAUUCAUCGUUCGAUUUCUGUAGUAGCAAUAUAACAACUUCUCCUGUUGAAAAUUUAGGACAGGUAUUAUUUGGUGAACGUAUUCGGCCUUCGCCUUACAACAUCAAUUUCAAAGAAAAUAUCACAUGUUCUAAAGUGUGUACCAAAGAGUAUAAUCCUAAGAACAAUCAAGACGCAGCCAAGUUAAAUAUGCUAAGAAAAGGAAUCACUAAAAAUUAUCAGAAUCACUGGAUUAUAGAUAAUAUGCCCGUUACUUGGUGCUAUCCUGUGGAAGGUAAUAAAAGAUACUGUUCAAUUGGAUUUCCUAUCGGGUGCUAUGUUGACCAUGACGGUGCUAGGAAAAAAGCCUGCGUUCUAUCAGAAAAAUUUUAUGGCAAAAACCAGUAUUUCAUCUUUAAUCAUAUCGAUAUACGAAUUACUUAUAACGAUGGCGACCAACAGGAAAGUUCUGACGGGAAGAAGCUUAAACCAAAUGGAGCUCGUCUACUGUCUGCAAAAGUUCAGCUACGAAGUAUUGACCAUAAACCAGGAAAAAUUGAUUGUAAUAAUAAAAAUCCCUGGAGCUUUCGUGAAGAGUCAAAGGAUCGAAUCAGCCUAGUCUAUACAUAUUCCGUGUCAUUUCACAGAGAUAAUAGCAAGAUGUGGGCCUCACGAUGGGAUUACAUUCUAGAUUCUAUGCCCCAUUCGAAUAUUCAGUGGUUCAGUAUUAUCAACUCUGUGGUUAUCGUUCUCUUCCUUUCUGGUAUGGUUGCUAUGGUGUUGUUACGAACGCUACAUAAAGAUAUUGCUCGUUAUAAUCAGUUGGAUUCAUUGGAAGAUGCACAAGAAGAAUUUGGUUGGAAAUUAGUUCACGGCGAUGUCUUUAGACCUCCUAAAAGAGGAAUGUUGCUGUCGGUUUUAGUUGGCACUGGAUCACAAACUUUUAUAAUGACCGUGGUAACAUUGUUUUUUGCAUGCUUGGGAUUUUUAUCUCCUGCUAACCGUGGUGGACUCAUGACUUGCGCUACGGUUUUGUACGUCUGUUUGGGAUGUUGUGCAGGAUAUAUUUCAGCUAGGAUCUACAAAGCAAUUGGUGGAGAAAAAUGGAAAACUAACGUAAUCAUGACUGCCUUUUUCAUACCUGGUGUUUGCUUUGCAAUCUUCUUCCUAUUGAACCUAGUGAUGUGGGCAAGGCGAUCAUCUGCAGCUGUUCCCUUUGGCACUUUAAUAGCCUUAAUUGCUUUAUGGUUUGGUGUUUCAACACCGCUGACUUUUGUAGGAGCAUUCUUUGGUUUUAGGAAAAAGACUAUCGAAAAUCCUGUCAGAACAAAUCAAAUACCUAGACAAAUACCUGAGCAACCAUUUUUCACUAGACCAUUACCGUGCAUUCUCAUGGGAGGAAUCUUACCAUUUGGAUGUAUCUUUAUUCAAAUGUUUUUCAUUAUGAAUAGCUUAUGGUCACAUCAAAUAUAUUACAUGUUUGGUUUUCUCUUCUUGGUAUUUUCUAUUUUGAUUGUAACAUGCGCCGAGACAACAAUUCUAUUGUGCUACUUCCAUCUUUGUUCAGAGGACUAUCAUUGGUGGUGGCGAUCAUUUCUAACAAGUGGUAGUACAGCUAUCUAUCUAUUCAUUUAUUCAAUACACUUCUUUAUUUCAAAUUUAUCUAUUACUGGUGGUGCAAGUACUUUCCUCUUUUUUGGUUAUACCAUACUCAUGACGCUGCUGUUCUUCCUCUUAACUGGUACCGUUGGCUUCUUAUCGUGUUACACAUUUGUUAGAAAGAUCUACUCCGUAGUGAAAGUAGAUUAA